GCGCACCGCACACACGCAUAUACAUAUCAACACAAUACAGCUACGCUCCACCUCCACUGACCUUAGGCGACAAGGCAGCAGACCUCCCUCACACAAUACCUGCUGAGCCACACAGUCCGUGCUAUAUUUUUCAUACGCUUAUUUCACUUCAAACGGAGCUGGAUUCUGUUGUAACGUGUAAUAUUUUUAGCCGGUGUAUAAAUAUAGCGGAGACACUGUAUAUUUGGUCCAACUCUUUUUCCUCCAGGAUCCCGAUUCUCAGAUUCUCACCCGGGAACGACUAAGCGAAGCUCCAGAGACAUGGAUUUUAGGAUUGGACACAUUUUUGUGGGAAUGACUCGAGCCGAACUUGCAUCUGAUUCUUAGUCUUCUGCUGUUGGAUAUAAUGCCGGACUACUCAAGAUGACGGAGUUGAAUUAUGCUUUCAUAAGUGAAAAUGGCAAGGAAGUGGAUAAAACUUUGGACUGGAGUUAUAUAGACUGGCAUGACAAGAAAGCGGUCAAAGGGACGGAUGCACAGACCCAAACCCAAUGCGUACAAAGUGAGGACAAGGACACACAGACGACCAGUCCUUUCAUAAUGCGAAUAGAUCUAGGAAGGACGCCCUCCAGACAGAGGUUUGGUUCCAUUACGGAGCCCGACGGCAUGCCCGCACACUUGUUUCAGUUUGAUAGACAAGCCCCGGGCCGCAUCUCCACGUCCCCUACUCUGAGGAGGAUGAGGAGCACGAGAAUGUCCUUCCGAGAUCCAAGCAAGUCGGACGGUCCUUUAGGAGAGGAGUCUCCCGCUUCCAUGAGUCCCCUUUCUCCAGUAUUCCGGGAGAAAUCUCCACUUGCGGUUCAAUCGAAUGGAGAGAGCGGGAACUUUGAAUCUUCAGUGAUUCAUGGGACAAUUAGAACACACAGAUCAAAGACCCUUGACAAUGGUGUCAUUUGCAAAAGACCCACGAUUCAAGAGUCUCGUGAUUCAAAAGAGCCAGUUUCUGAUGAUAAUGAGAGCACAACCGAUGACAAUGACGAGGUCAAGGAUCCCUGUCACAAAAGGCUGCAGGAGAGGAGGCGGAGCUCUGUGGUUGUGAGUCUUCCUGGAUUGGAUGUUUCCCCUGGAGAUUUGUUUGUGUCCAAUGGCGCUGCUGAUAUUUUAAAUAAAUCAGCCUAUUCAGACACUAAGAAAUCAAAGUGGCCCUUCUCAAGGCGUAACACACAGACAAAAGUGAAGACUCACAGUGCAGCUGACAUUGACAAGUGUUUGGCUGGUGUUCAGAUUCAGGAAUGGCGAGACACAGACUUUCAGACAUACAAGGAUAUGUCUUUGGAGGACUUUUUGAGAGGCCGCUCUGAACUGGGAGCAGCAGAGGAUCCAAAUGCCUACCGUAAACAGGAAGCCAUUUGGGAACUUUUUACCAGUGAAUGUGUUUACUUCCUCGAUCAGCUCUUGGUUUUAAAAGAGGUGUUUUUGACCACACUAUCAGACCUGCAGAUGAGAGAGUGUCUUCAGGACAUUGACUCCUGGAGGCUAUUUGCAAAUCUCAAUGAGCUCUGUUUGGUUAGCUUUGGCUUCCUUACUAGUCUCUUGCGUGUCAUUAAGGAGAUGUGGACCAAUCCAGACAGCUAUAGUACUCAAUCUCUUCUUGAACUCCUAAGAAAGGCGUUUGGUGAGAGCAUUUGCCAUUGUCUACAGAAAUACUGCCUGAAUUACAGUACGGCCAUCCUUUAUCUGGACAGCCUGAAGCUCAGAGAGGACUUUGGCUCUUUCGUGAAGUGGUGUGAACGAAACGAGCAGUGCCGCAGGCUGCAUUUGAAGGAUCUGCUGGUGGCUCCUCUGCAGAGGUUUACACGGUACCCUCUGCUGUUGAAGAACAUAGGGAAGAAGAGUUGCUCGGAGGCCGAGGAGAACACAAUACAGAGCAUCGUGGACAUCGUCGACAGAGCCAUUUAUGAUCUUGAAGGAAAAGUGAAGUGGUUGGACAACUACCAGAAGGUGAAGCAGCUGAAGGAAGCUCUGGUGUGGCUUCCUGUGUGGGAGCGAGACAAGAGGUCACAAGUUCCAGAGAAUCUGAAGCACUUGCUGAAAGCUGUAACCCUUGAGAACCUGGUGUCUCACCGUAGUCUUCUGCACGAUGGAAAACUCGUUCUCAUAGAAAAUGCAAAGAUGCAUGAGGUCUACUUAUUUCUUUUUGACGAGUUUCUUCUAAUCACAAAGAUCAAGCGAAGCAAAAAGAAAUCUGGCGUGAUAGAUUCAAACCCUCUGCGUCCGGCUGCGGGCCAAGAUCUUGGGCUCUUAUUACAGGAGGGCUGUAGUUUCAUUGUCCUAGACCAGCCCAUCUCUCUGGACCGCCUGCAGCUAAAAAACAUAGACCAGCUCAAUGCCACAGCAUCUGGUCUGCACAAUUCCUUCAUAAUAAUGCACCAGAAUCGUUACCAGCAAUGCAUCGGAGUCUUCAUUCUGCAAGCCCAGACUGAAUCUAUGAAGAAAACGUGGGUUUCGGAAAUAGAGGAUGCCACCAAUUCCCUGCUGAAGCAGGACUGUCAGCAGCUGCGGAUCAAUAACUCUUUUCUUGAGUCUUCACAGAUUUAAUUUAUACAAAGACUUUCUAGAGAACUGAACCACUGCAGUGCACAAAGGCAUCUAAUGUAGUUUCAAGGAAAAGUUCACCCAAAAAUGUAAAAUCUGUCAUUUACUCACCUGACUGGCUUAUAUGAGAAUGUCUGAGUUGUUCUUUUCCAUACAGCGUGACUGAAGCUGUCCAGUUCUUAAAAGGAUGGAAACCACCAUGAAAGUAUUUAAGUCCUCUAUAUGACACACCUUGUGCAAAACAUCUUUUUAUGUCCUGGAAAGAAAAUCAUAGGGGUUUGAAAUAACAUAUUUUUUGCAUUACUUCUAUAACAGUGGUAACACCAAGCAGUUUAAACUUCCACAAAAGAAACAUCUUUUUAGUUCCCUUUUUUCAUUUUUGGAGAACAGAAUGUUGCACGUUCCUAAUGUAAAUAAAGAUGCUGUGUGUGUCACAGAGAGACAUUGUGUAUUGUGGGAAAAUAGUAAGGACCUACUGUAUGUGUUUUAAUACAGUGUGUAGGUUUGCAAAAUUUAAAUUUGUAUAAAUUAAAAUUUUCUUUGAAAACAAUAUUAUGCACUAUAUUGUUUUGUGAAUAAUUUACU